UAUGUUUGGUGGGGAGGGGUGGCUAGCUGUAUAUGGAGAUGGAGGUCCAGGUGGAGCUCAGGCCUUGGGGUUAAUGUUACGUAGCUUUGCUAGGAAGCUGUCUCCUCAGGCUUGGAAGUGGACAGUGCUCAGACAGACAGACAGACAGACAGAGGACACAAGGGUAGAGUACCACAAAAAAGAAAGAAAACAGAAAAGGAUUUUGUUAAGAAUGGUAAAAAAGAGAGAGCAAAGAAAGAGAAGAGAUUGGUAAAGAGAGCUGGAAAAGUAAGGUCCUGUGUACUGUGUGACAACACUCCAACCACCUCAUCAAUUUUCAGUCAGUCAGUAAAGCCUGUCUGUCUGUUUCUUUAGCCUGUCUUUAGUACUGCAUUGAGAACAAAUGCCAGGAAGUGAACUUGUACAUUAAAGCCCAAACAAAACACCUAUAAAUACUUUAAAAUUAUUGCCUUUUUGUUGAUAUCACUGCUGUGAAUCAGCCUGUGAAUUCAAAAUCACUACCAUCAGUAAUAGAUAACCAAUAAAACUAGCCCAUCCAUCAUAAUGGCCCCCAAGAAGAAGGCACCCCACCCCAAAAAGACAACUCCAGAGCCAACAAAAUUGGGGAGUGGGGUUGUGGUUCCUGAGACAGGGGUAAAAAAACUAGAAAUGCCUCUCAGUAUUGAGCAGUUGAAUCGUCUCAAUGGGAUGACCCUGUCACCAGUGAUACGGCCUGGAGAGAGGGGUUUUGGCCUGGGUGGGGAAAUGACUCGGCCCCUACACGGAUCUGCUCUUUUGGAGGAGCUGAGCCGUAUGAGACAAGAGCACUUCCUCACUGACCUGGAGCUGGCUUGCAAGACUAAGGCCUUUGAUGUCCACAAGUUGGUCAUGUCCUCUGUCAGUCAGUACUUGCGUGAAGUUCUAGCCAAGGACCUGGGCCUCAAGCGCUUGGAGUUACCUACCAUAUCACCCUUAGGUCUAGCCAAUGUGAUCACCUUUGCUUAUCUUGGCCGUGUGCAUAUGUCUCUCUACACUAUUGGCUGUACCGUAUCUGCGGCCUGCACCUUGCAAAUCCCACACCUCCUUCAAAUGUGCAUGGACUUCCUGAUGUCUGAAUUAAACGUGCACACCUGUGUGUACGUGUGGAACAUUGGAGCUGCUUAUGGCCUGGGCCCUGUGCGGGAUGCUGCACGCCGCUUUGUGCUGGAAAACUUUGCCCAGUUUGCAGAGACACCCCAGUUUACUCAGCUGACCCUAGAACAAAUCAUUGCUUUUCUGCAGGAUGACAAUCUUACUCUGCCUUCAGAGGUCACCACCUUCCAGGUGGCCAUGAAGUGGCUGGAUUUUGAUCCAAAGAGGCAGGCUCACGCUUAUGACGUACUAUCUCAUGUAAGGUUUGAGACUAUCCCCGCCAGUGAGCUGGUCAGGGAGAUUCAGCCUGUUGCCCGCAUGAUGCAGGAUCCUCAGUGCCACCGUCUACUGGUGGAUGCCAUGAACUACCAUUUGCUACCGUACCAGCAGAACACUCUACAGUCCUGUCGCGCAAAGGUCAGAGGAAGCCAGACUGUUCUGCUAACCAUCGGCGGACGCCCCUCCCUUACUGAGCGUGCCCUGAGUCGAGAAGUACUAUGGCGAGACCCUCGUGAUGGAGUUGCCACAUGGCGCCAUCUUUCCCAGCUUCCUGCUAAGAGCUUUAACCAGUGUGUAGCUGUGAUGGAUGGUUUCCUGUAUGUGGCAGGUGGAGAGGACCAGAACGAUGCUCGAAACCAGGCCAAACAUGCUGUCAGCACUCUGUGCAGAUAUGACCCUCGCUUUAACACAUGGCUGCACCUGAGUAGCAUGCGCCAGCGCCGCACUCAUUUUAGCCUUGUGGCCACAAAUGGGCGCCUUUAUGCAAUUGGUGGCCGUAACACUGAUGGCUUGCUGGCCACCACUGAAAGCUACCUGCCCUCCACCAACAGCUGGCAGCUCCGCGCUCCCAUGGACAUGCCACGCUGCUGCCAUGCCAGUGCUGUCCUACCAUCUGGAGACAUCCUAGUUACCGGUGGCUAUGUCAACUGUGCUUACUCCCGCUCUGUGGCCUGCUACAAUGUGCAGAGUGACACCUGGAGUGAGCAGGCACAACUGGAGAUGCCACGUGGUUGGCACUGCUCCACCACACUGGGUGGUAAAGUUUAUGUGGUGGGUGGCAGCCGGCUGGGCCCAAGCGGAGAGCGUGUGGAUGUGCUGAUCACUGAGGUGUUCUCACCUGAGAACGGCCAGUGGAGCAGGGCCACCUCCCUGCCCUUGGGAGUAAGCACAGCUGGUCUGGCACCCCUUGGCGACCACCUAUACCUUGUGGGAGGAUGGAAUGAAGCUGAGAAGCGCUACAAGGCGGCAGUGCAGCGCUAUGACCCAGGUACCGACAGCUGGUCAGUUGGGGAAGAGCUGCCUGAGGCCACAGUGGGCGUAUCCUGCUGUGCUCUGGCACUACCCCCACGCCACACUUCACGCAAGCAUCGUAACACCCCCAACCAUGAAGAACAGGGUGGCAUGACUGCAUGAGAGAGGGAGCAAGGGAGGAAAGAAUGAGGCCAAGAUUAGUAGUAAGGAGGAGAGAGAAAGAGAACACAGAAGGGGUGGACAGUUACUAGCCAGGGAGGAUUCAACAAGUAAAUGAAGGGGAUGGUAUGGCAGAACUCCUUUGUUAUUAAGACAGUAUCAAGUGGGGAAGGGAGUUUAGUGUCACAGUUUAGGGCCCACUUAUUAACAAUGUGAAAAUGUCUAAGCCAACAUAGCUACUGAGUGCAUGGGACAAACAUCUGAGUGAGUGAAUGGGUAUGCCUGUGUGUGUACAUGCAAGUGUUAGAGUGAGUUUUAGAAAUUCAUUGCAAAUUAUCACUUUACAAUCACAAAUGCACUAAGGUUUUCCUAAAAUAACAUCUAUCCAUCUCAUUAUAUGAAUUACUCUACAUAUUUAUCAAAUAAAUACGUCCUAAUUAUUUAUCAAAUUUUUAUCAUGCCAAGAUCACCUCAAGGACUAAAAAGAAGAAAAGAAUAUAACUGGUUUUUCAGUUAUUCAUAUUGAGUAACCACUUUAUCUGGAUCAGAGUUAUGGUGAAUCCAGACACUAUCCUGGGAACACUGGGCACAAGGUAUGACUAAACCAUGGAUAGGACUCCAGUCUAUCACACGGUCCCAUGCACACAUUAAUAACUAGUUUUUAUUUAUUUAUAUAUAUAUAUAUAUAUAUAUAUAUAUAUAUAUAUAUAUAUAUAUAUAUAUAUAUACAUUCAAUCCCAAAGGCAUCAUCGUUUGUAGAGUUAGUCAGUGGAUGGACACUCUUAAAAAAAUAGAGGGGAAAAAAAGUAAGAAAAUAUGACCCUGAGCUUCUUGGAAAUCAAUUAUUUCCCCCAAAUUUGUGGAACCCCCCCCACCCACCAAAUAUAUAAUUGAGUGCAAAUGUUUGCAUCUUCUAUUACUACGUGGAAAAACAAACAUGCAUCAUUGAUGACCCAUAGAUUAUUAUUAUUAAUAAUAAUAUUUCUUCUUGUCUGGAUAAUAUGCAUCUGCAUUUCUGGUGACUUCACCUUCUACUGACUCCAUUCCACUGUAUACAGAACCCUGCUAUCUUCCUAAGAGAACCAGUGAACAUCCUAGAGAAAGAACGUCGUUCCAGACAUAGAGAGAAUUUUGAAAUGUGAAAUGAAAGCAAGAAAUGUUAUUGAUAAUGUGGAUAGUUUCAUUUACAUGCAAUGUUCCCUUUAUAAGGUACAAUACAUGGUCAAUAAUUGAGUAAGGUUUCUGUUUUGUGUUGAAUGGAAACAUAAUAAUGUAGGUGUCGCAAAUGGUACUAACUCUCUAGGAUGGGAUUUCAUUUGAAUAAAGCCAAAAUGAUCAAAGCAUAAA